AUGCUGGAACAGCCUACACGUUACAUAUUGCUACAACGUGGUAACUUGCUCGUUGCAUUCCUCUCCAUGCAGCUCGUCGACGAAGAAGGCGGAUUCGUUCUCUACUGCUACGAAGUACAAGUAGAUGACUCCCAUCAAGGCCAAGGUCUGGGCAAAUGGCUCAUGGACGCCUUUCACUUGCUUGCACAACAUCACAGGCUAGCACGCACCAUGCUAACUUGUUUCUCAUGCAAUACGCGCGCUCUAGCAUUCUACAAAGCACUUGGCUAUGAGCUCGACAGCACAAGCCCUGAACCACGCAGACUCCGCAAUAAGCUCAUGCAACCAGACUACCAAAUCCUAACACGAGUCUGC